AUGCAAUUUCUAAUCCUAUUUCUCUUCUUUCUACAAAUUGCCAGCGGAGUUAUAUUUCCUAUUCGUCGCCCUGUUCGGGUCAGAGGUGAUAUAACGAUGAGAAGGCCCCGGUUUCUACGAUUUCCAAUGAGAUUUAUUCCACUAGUCGGCAGAGUUUUCAGGAGCAGACGACUAAUGCCAAACUCACAUAUUCACAUACCACUCAAUGGAAGACAAUUCGAACACUCUCAUGGCUUCAGUGAUGUUGGUCAUUCACAUGACACAGGGUUUCCUUCGGGGGUCUACCCUGAAAACGGAGUCGGAUGGAAUGUGCCAGAUGAAUGGAGAGAUGCCAACACCUGGUCAAUGUUUGAUAAGGUCAAUCCAGAUUCUGUUCUUGUACGCAAUAAUGACCUUCCGAUCAGUACACCAGACUUCGCUGGUCCCAGCGUCCCACUAUUUCCUGAUAACAUCAUACCAUCUGAUGUUGAGGUCCCAAUGGUUACAUCAGAAUUUCUACCAACUUCCGACAAACGAGAAGAACCCGUGGUUACAAGACCAUUAACUCCUAUAACAGAUAAAAUUGAUGGUUCCUCACUACCAGGUAUUUUUGUGAAUAGAGAUAAUAUUAAUUCGACUGACACGAACAGAACUCAAGGGAAUAUAGAAAAUAAUACCAACACAGACCUGGUCCAAGGUUCCAAUACAACAACUGAAACGAAGGGACAUGAGAGUACAAAGACCAAUGAACCAUCCUGUCAUAAAACGGGUUGCAUGACAGGUCACGAAUGUGUCUUUUCUGGUUCCCACAUUUGUCCCAUAUACAUACCGGAAGUCGACUGCAAGUGCAGAGCAGGUUGCAGAGUUGACUAUACAUUUAUACCAUACGGCACAACCGUCACCAUGGAUUCAUGUGGAAACACAUGCUCUUGUUUUAAUAUGUAUGGAGCACCAACCUGUUCAAAUAUAUCUUGCAAAGCUAACUCCCAGAAAUUAUUACCUUCUGGUCCAACUAUCACACCAAAAGAAAACGACAUUUUACCAGCCAACAUUUCAACACCACAGAAUCCGUUACCGACUCCGGUCAACUUGGACGUCACCACGAAAGCUAAGCUGGAAAAUAGCAAAAGAAAGGACAGCAUCCUAAUGAAUUUCCCAGUGAUUCCGAUUGUCAGAGAUACUCAGAAAAGUUAAAAAUCGUGUUCAUGCUUC